CGUCCUUUUGUUGGUCCCAGAAAGCCUAAAAAGCUUGCUUAUACUCAAAUUUGGCACCUCCCCGAAAAAACGCUCAUCUCCCAAAAUGUCCGACCCGGAAGUCUCAACCAUAGCCACAUCGGAGCAAGACUCCUCCGCCUCACCCCAACAAAACGGCGACCAAACCAAACUCUCCUCCGCCGGUUUCAGCAUAUGGCCACCUACUCAGCGCACUCGCGACGCCGUCAUCACUCGCCUAAUCGAAACCCUAACCACUCCCUCCGUCCUCUCCAAGCGCUACGGCACAUUGCCUUCUGACGAGGCCGCCUCAGCCGCCCGUCAGAUCGAGGACGAGGCUUACUCUGUCGCCAGUGACUCCGGCGCUCCGGACGGCAGCGACGGUAUCGAGAUCCUCCAGGUUUACUCCAAGGAAAUCAGUAAAAGGAUGCUUGAAACCGUUAAGGCUAGACCUACUAUAGGUUCCAAUGCCGCUGAUAACGAUGCUGCUGAAGUUGCUGAAGCUCCUCCGUCGGAGGAUCGUCCUUCUUCACCAACCAUAGAGGAUGCUCCUGAAACCGGCAAGAUCGAGACUGAGACUGAGACUGAUACCUGAUCAGCGAGGAUUAUAGUAUGUUAUCGCGGGGUUUUAUAUUUUAUUAUGAUGUUUACUAUAUUGAUCUAUCUUUAGAACCUUGUUUAUUUAUUGUGCCAUCAAUCUAUAUCACAUGUUAUUAUAAAUGUGGAGGUUUGUUUUGAUUUGCGUCGUUUGUAUUCUAGUUCAUUUUGAUUAUGCUAUCUCAAGAGAAUAUGUUGGAAUUUUGGAAUUGGAAUACAUCAUCAGUGUGACAGUAAGUAGGUAUUGUGUUCAUGAUUAUGGUUCUUCCUUUUUUGGGUGAUUGAUCAUGUCACAUGUUGUGGGGUUGCAAUUUGUGAAUCUCAUAAUAGUGUUUCAAUAAUUUUCUGUGACUGCAGUUUAUUGAAACAACUUGUUACUUGUUAGUGAUGAUAAUUGUUUGUAUUAAAUUACUUAUGUGAUGAUAUGUUUUCCUCUAUUGUGCAA